AUGAGGUUUAUUCAGACGUGGGGAGAGGUGGCACCUUCACUAUCUCAUCGGAUUCAGCAGAGGCGAUUGUCGAGGAGCAUGUCACAGCCUAAGUUGGAGACUAUUUUUGAAGAAGGAUGUGAUAGUUUUGCAGUUCAAGCGCCAAAACGGAUUGUCAUCUUUCUUCCUCUUCUACUCUCAAUGCUUUUGUACUUUGUCUUGUACAAAACUGUCAAUGGCUAUUAAUGAUUCUUUAAUUUGUAAUCUGCGUGUGAUGUUAAU